AUGGUUCAACAAAUUGGAUGGACGCCUUUUUCACAAUGGAUGUAUCCCGGAUCAUCCACCCUGAAUCAAAUCAUCAAACCCUUCAAGCCAGUCGAAAAAGGAGAUCAAGACUACCCAAUGAGUCGUUCCGGACACAGGUGCUUCACUGAUAACGAGUAUUUCUACGUAGUCGGCGGCUACACAACCGAAAUCAAAAGAGGAUCAGUUUUUCGAGAAUUAUGGGCAAUGAAUCUAGCUACCCUGGAAUGGAGAAGAUACGAAACAAAAGGAGAAUUCCCGGAAGCCUUGGCUUCGUUUGCCUUGAUACAAGUAUAUCCAUAUUCCAAGUCCUUUUUGAUUUUCGGAGGCAGUGGCACAAUGUUCGGAUUCACCUCAUCGAAUAGUCUCUACUUUCUUCGUGUCAAUAAUGACGAUUGUACAGUUGUUUCUCACAAAGUCACAGUAGAAGGAACACUUCCGAUUCCACUAUACGGUCAGGCGAUAUGUGCUGGCGAGAUUCCUGGGAAGUAUUAUAUUAUCGGAGGAACCGAAGGUGUUCGUUUCAAUUUUGACGUGCAUUCACUGACAAUGAAGGUGAAUCCCGAAGCGAAACAUGAAAGCGAAAAGUUCACGUGGCAUUCUGAAUUGGUCUCACAAAACGAGGGCCACGCCGGGCGAUACAGAUUGGAAGCGACAUACGAUGAGAAGACGGAUUGUCUGCUUUUCUUUGGUGGAGGCAAUAGUAGAGAGGUUUUCGGGUUUGAACAGAUCGUCACACUGAAUAUUCGAACAAGGGAAACGAAUGAACUUCAAACCAUUCCAGAUGUGGUAUUCGGGUUUCCCAAGAACCGAAGAUGUCACACACUAGUUCGCCGGGGACGAAAAGUAAUCAUUUCUGGCGGAGUUGAUCAUCCAACUACACCUACAACGGCCGAACUCCACAACAACGUAUGGAUUUUCGAUUUGGACACAAGCUCCUGGGAAAAAUCGGAUCAAGUUCUUCCAGAAAAGGUUUUCUUCCACGACACAACGAUUACCGAAGACGGAUGGAUGCUCACAUUCGGUGGCGUUCAUGGAAUUCGAGGAAACGCUCCCCGUAAUAAUAUUCUGCUAAGCUCCUGGAUCGGUGUUCCACGGCUCCAGAGAUUCGCCAUCGAAAGUUUGAGACUUUCUUUUCCACAUAAAUUCUCAGGACUUUAUUGUGGAAACCUGCGCGCAAAUCAAGUACCCGAAAUAUACAGUAUAUUCUACAAAUUGGGAAAAGUCGAAGAAAAAGAGCGUCAAAUCAUUGAGCGAUUUCAAAUCAAAUUUCACGAACGAGAAGAUCGAACACGAUACUUUUUGAAUUCAAAUUCCGGAGAAUACGUUUUCAGGCAUCAGCCAGAACAAGAGCCUGCCAGACGUCGACCUAGGGUCCAAAUCAGACAACGCCCACAAGUCAAUAUAGAGGCAGCUGCACCAAUUGGAAAUAUUCAACGUCGACUUCAGCUAAUUUUUGAUCAACUUUUCGCGGGCGAUGAAGGCGCCGUCGGAGAUGAAGAAGAAGAAGAAGAGUAUAGUGGAGAUGAUGAUUCUGGAGAGGAAACUGAUAGUGAAGAUGAUGAUGAUGAUAGAGGACGAUUUGGCGCAGUUGAGCAACAACUUCAAAUUGCCAGGAACAACGAGGAGAUGAACGAAGAAUGAGCUUUAUCGUGUAACAACUUGAAUUGUUUCAUAAAUACGAAUCAAUAAAUUUUAAUACGGUUUU